AUGGUGCAAGCCGAAAUUAAAAAUAUAAAAGCUUCAUACGUAACCAAAGACCAGCUACAGGAGGUGAGAAAAGAAUGCCUGGGUUCGAAGUCAGCUUCACCGCCGUUUUCAGCUGUUAAAGUCAACAUGCGAAGGGGGGCUUAUAGAAAUAGCGGGCCUAUGGGCUUAUCUCUAAAUGAUACCAUUAUAUCGAAUUCCGGCGAGCAAAUUGAGUGUGAUAUUCAAUCCCAAAAGUCCUGUGAACUUAACAAAUACAGAAGUUUAAUAAUUACGAAUCAAGCUGAGGGUAUGUCUUUAAAAUCGAGUGAGAACAUAACGGCCGAUCGUAGCGGCUCGAGCGGACAACGCUGGGACCCCGCGGAACGCGGUAGCGGCGGGGGGAAGGACGCAUCGCUCCGAUCGCCGGCACCGACCGACGCUAACCCGAGCGUAGACGUCAACGCAUUAAAUAAUAUACAGUCGGCGAAUACACUAUCCUUUGCCGAGGUUGUGAAUUCGGACGGCGAAUGGAAAUUGGUUCAGCGGCGGAAGCAUAAUACUAAGAUGUAUAGAUACCUCGGUAUGUCUGGAUAG